GGCUUCCACUAACCAGUCUUGCGGUGGUUGCUGUCGGGAUCGGAUAUGAUUUUCGGGAGGUCCUGUUUGUCGAGUUUUCGCCGCUUCACCGUGAUCAGCUGCAAGCGCAUUUCGUGUUCUGGCGCAAACCGCGAUAAACAUUCAAGCCCGGUUCACAUGUGAAGGUGAUUGAUGCCUAUUUGCGGAAACGAACGAAAUUCGUCUGUGGUGAGCCUACGAGCCCCGUGAGCCAACUGUAAUAGAGAAGACAAAGUAGUGCGAGAGGUCUGUACACUGGGCGGGGAAGGAUUCUCAAAGGCGUGAAGGAAAGUUUCAACCCGGCAUUGUUAUUGUGCAUGUGAGGUUGCCUCUGCAGCCUGUGCGGCAUCAGUGAUGUUGACGGUGAUGAUUUGCCGUAUAAUGCCAAUGAUGUGAAUAAUUUCCGUUCGUUGUUCCCGUAUCUAAGUAAAAAGUUAUCAGAACGCGCAGUGUGUUGUGUGGUGUUUGUUGGAUUGACAGCUGCACAGAAGACCAGAAACGGUGACAGAGGGCUUUGAUGAUCUGGUGAAAAAUAGUUCUGAUGGUGCCGUAAAAUAAAAGCAAGUGGAGAGUAACGACACGAACGCAGUCGACAUAUCAUAACAAACUGUGUACUACGUGCAAUUCCGUGCAGUGCUGAAAGUACCACUACCGAAGUGAUGGCGAAUAGAGAGAGUUACAAUUUCUGAGGUGAACGAUACCUUUUCCGAUAGUUGUUCUACUAUUAAUUUGCUAACCUAGACAACGCUGGCUAACACCAAAGAGAGUAUCCACUAGAAUAAUUAGUUAACCUCGUAACGAAACCGCAACUUUCGCAAAGCCCUCCCAGCAAGCCAGAGCCAUUCUCGGAAGAUUCGCAGCCUGCAGCGACUGCAACAUGAUCGUUGGUGGUGGUGGUGUGAAAUGAAGUGUUCAUGCGAGAACAACGCCAUCAGCCACCGCCCUUCACAACAGCCACACAUCGUCGACACCCGUUUGCCCCUGCUACAUGCCACCAAUUAGGACUCACCCGCCACUGUGUCGCUUCGCUUGAAGCCCAUUCAGCUUGAAAUUCAAUAUUAUUAAAUCAUUAUUAAACGCCGGUACGCCUUUCUCCCGCCAGUCAGAUGCUAUGGCUGUUGUUUAACAAUCCAAAAACUGGAACGGCAGCAGAAGGCGAAUCUGAGCGCUCGAAUAAUACAAUUCGCAUUUCGACCGCAGCAAAAAGUGGCAGUGUGGCUAGCUAUGCACUUACUGCGGAUGCUGUUGACCGUGUGAAAGUACGUCAACGACGGGGUCCACCACCAACACCCAUUCCCACUCUCUAACAGAACAUACAUCGAAAAGUGGGAGUUAGUAUAGCGAAGCAGGGCUGGACGAGGGUCCACAUAGGCAUACGAAUAUAUAUAUAUAUAUAUUCAAUACGCAUAGGUGGAAGUGAAACGCUACAAUAAUGUUGAUCAUACACACAAUCAAAUUAAUUUUAAUAACAUUAAACAUUCUACCAACUCGGUUCACUCACCGGAAUGUGCUCUUCUUGAUCUACCUGGGGACGCUGGUGACGCACGUAUUUAUGGAUGAGCCACGGUUUGCACAACCAAUUCCGAAUGUGACGGUAGCAGUCGGCAGAGAUGCUAAUCUUCCUUGUGUGGUAGAACAUUUAGGUUCCUAUAAGGUCGCCUGGAUCCACAUAGACCGACAGAUGAUACUGACGAUACAUCGGCACGUAAUCUCCCGGAUUCCUCGGUACAGCGUGACCUACGAUAACUCCAAUACGUGGUUGCUGCACGUCAAUCAGGCCCAGCAGGACGAUCGGGGCUACUACAUGUGCCAGGUUAACACAAAUCCCAUGAUCAGCCAGGUCGGCUAUCUGCAAGUAGUUGUGCCACCAAACAUCCUGGAUAUCGAGAGCACACCAUCCUCGGUGGCCGUACGGGAAAAUCAGAAUAUUAACAUGACAUGUCGGGCCGAUGGAUUUCCCGCGCCGAAAAUUAUUUGGAGGCGCGAGGACGGCCAGAGCAUCACAGUCGAACGGAAGAAGAAAGUGAUGGUUUACGACGGCGAAGUGCUACAUCUGACGAAAGUGAGCCGAAACGAGAUGGGUGCUUAUCUCUGCAUCGCCACUAAUGGUGUGCCACCAUCAGUGUCUAAGCGGAUUAUCCUUGACGUAGAAUUUUCGCCAAUGAUAUGGGUCCCGAAUCAGUUGGUUGGAGCUCCACUGUCGACGGAUGUCACGAUAGACUGCCACACGGAAGCGCAUCCCAGGGCGAUCAUCUACUGGGUCUACAGCUCGGUGAUGGUACUUCCGAGUAAAAAGUAUAUAAUCGAUUACAACGAAAACUCUUAUCGAGCACACAUGAAGCUGACCAUCAAGAAUUUGUCGCUCGGUGACUUUGGAAAUUAUCGAUGCAUAUCGAAGAAUUCCUUAGGGGAAACCGAAGGAUCGAUACGUGUUUACGAAAUUCCACUGCCGUCGACACCAUCAAAACAAAUAACGCACGUAGUGGAACCCAAAGAAGCAGCCACGGUACCGCGAAACGAAACCAUUAAGGUCGUCCAACCCGAGGUACUGUUCCCAAUUAAGAACGACGAAAGCUACGCGCAACGUUCGCCUAAUGGUAUCCCGUUCGAGCGCAAGGGUUUGGCAAUCGGACAAAGCUUCUACACCGACAUGCCAGCGAAGGAUUUCAGCUUCUCUCACGCCUCAUCAUCACGAUGGAACUGCAAUGUGUACUACACUCUCGUUAGAAUUGUGAGUAUAUCCUCGUCACUUACGUACAGUUACUGCAUCGUCAACCAGCUAUUUCUGUAAAUGACACUAAAAAUACGAAACGUUACUGUAAAAUACCGAAAACGCUCCGCGGUUCUUACACCGCGGAGUAUCGUAUAGCAAUCCCCAUAUAACUACUGCAAGGUUGAACCCCUGCCUAGAUUGACCCAACAUAUCCAUAAGUUUGUACAUUCAGAAACGAAAAAUUCAAGGCAAGUGAUAAUAUAGUCAAAUUGCGAUGUGAAACCAGCUAGAAGUUAUAUGCUCUAAAAACAGAUUUGCCAACAACGUUACCAUAUCCUCACAGAACCAAAUCAAAAGCAAACCUUUACACAUCAGCGUAUUCUAUAGGAGGUAAAUUUGAAAGCGAUCCAGAACACAAAGACACCCACACAUCAAGACUAAGCAACACUAUCAAUUAGUCAAAUGGAACAAAUACUAGAGUGUUAUAUUUUCAAAUAAUUGAAAGCCAUAGCCAAUUCUAGCAUACAGUCAAAAUAUCAAGAAACCAAACGCUUUCGUUGCAACAAGAAGCUAUUGAUUGAUCACUAAAAUUAAAAAAAAAGAGUUUAUGAAACCUAGAACGACUGCGAAUUGUAUUAUAAUAAAGAUAUACCGAAAAAAAUCAAAUCAGUUGUUGAUUAGAUGUAACGAUUAGGUAUGUUAAUAGCAAAAGACAUCAGUGGAAGAUUUCGCGAGAUCAGUAUGUAAAUACGCGAGGCAACGGUGCCAAUUUGUGAAAAUAUACAUUUACACAUAGCCAAACUGGAAAUCGAAUACGAGCAUGCUGCAGGAACCAUCAAAAUAUCUUUUUUUUCUCUAACCUGUCUAGAGAUAGCGGAAUUUCGCAUCUUACUGCUGAAAUUCCUUGAAUUCUUUUGAGGCAACAAAACGAAGAACAGAAAAUCCCUGCGAGCAUUGUUUCACUCUCGAGCUAUUUCAAGGCUAUCCCAAUCUCAUUCCGAAAACAACAGUAUUAAAAAGUAGUGAGGAAUGCCCAUGUCGAUUAGGGGAUGUAAAAGUGAGAUGAAAAUGCCACAAUUCGAUCAAAUGUAUUGAUAAACCAUAUUUUUGUUACCAUAUCAUAUGGAUGAAUAAUACGACGCAGGCAAAUAUAAACCAAAGGAAAACAUUUGAUUUAAAUAA